AUGAACGAAAUUCUGACGAGUAAACAAAAGGCCUUGUACACGACGGUCUCUACCAUGGCGACUUUGUUUGUGCUCGUAGCACAAGGCAGACAUACCUCGCUCUUAACACCCGAACAACGAGAGAUGAUGCCGGAGUCAGAAUUUCCGCUAUGGGAAUAUGGCUCGAAGAACUUCGUGGUCGGCAUGUGCUGUUAUGCCACGAUUGUAUGGACCCUGAAGUUCAACAUGCUGUUCUUUUACCGAAGACUUGUCGCCGGUCAAUGGGUAGAAAAGUUCAUCUUUCCGGUUAUGGGCCUAGUUGGCGCAACAGCAGUAGCCAUGGCUUUGAUUAUCCUCUUGACCUGUCGGCCGAUUACCCUCAUGUGGCAGAUCAGGCCUGACCCCGGAGAGAACUGUGUCCCGCAAAACAAGGUCUACUUUUACAGCAUUUUAGUGAUGAAUGUCACGACGGAUUUGUGCAUUAUUGCUAUUCCAAUACCAGUCAUCAGUCUUGUCCGAGCUUCGAUCUGGCGCAGACUUGGCGUUUAUUUCCUCUUCAGCCUGGGGGUCUUCGUCAUGACAGCUGCCGUAAUUCGCGUUUUCCUUAUUUUCAAGCCUACCGGGCAAUUCGGUCCUGGAGCCAUGUGGUCUAUCCGAGAAGACUUCGUCGCCAUAUUCGUUGGACAGGCUCCGAUGAUUGUUCCCAUGUUCAGGAAGAGGUUCUGGCAACAGACCAGAAGCAGAUUCACACCCAAAUCGAGUCAAGGGUCGGAAGGUCACGAACUGAGCAGCGGAAUGUCGAGCCAGAAAAAGAAACCGAGGGACCCCUACAGCCUAACACAGAUGGGCUUCACCCACAUGAGCAACAUUACCAACGUGACCCGUACAGAGGUCACUGUAGUUGUGCCGGAUAUCCGGUCCCGGUGUGGUUUUUGCGGCGCUCUUUUGGAUACUUGGGCGUUUAGAGCCGACCACUUGGCAGAUCACUUCAAGAUGGGACAAGAUAUGGCCAACUGGAAGGGUGAUUGGGGUUUUGAAGAGCCUGUGUUGGACAUGGUUGAGAAUUCUGUUCCCCCAUACCUUAUUGAAUACGAACGAUUCUCGCCGUUUCCGUAUCAGGCAAGCGGUACACCCCCCGAGUCUCCUCGAAACGCGUUCGGCCUUCUCACUCUGGAGUUGAACCACUUCCUACGCAUGUUCUAUGAUAGGACAGGCAACAUGCCCAACAACGAGGAAAUACAACUCGAGGCUUGCCGAAUAGUGUUUGCUUCCGAAGUAACUUCUUCAAUGGAAAGUGACAUGGACACACAACACCAGUCUUGGAUGCGAGAUCUGAUCACAUCCUCGGAGGAGAUUACACGAAGAGCUCGAUUUGGUCCUAUGCGAUCCGUUGCUGAAAGCAUGAUGUCUGUGCUCCAAAUCAAAGGCAAACGGAGCUUGUUUGAGGACUGCCCUUCAGAGAUGCAGCUCCAAAAUUUUGUUGACGCCCGGAAAGCCGUGGGGUUCGGCAUCAUAACUGACCAGGAGCUGCAAAGAGAGACGUCCAAGAUUGUUAUCAGCAGGGGAAAAGACUGCGGAGUAUCUCCCACUGACUUUGUGGCUAAUUGGCUCAUCAGUCUCAUUGGGUCAUCUACCACGUGGCUUACUGCUUUCAAGGUCAGGACACGGCUUUCAGCCGCUCAUGAGCCGUUGUCAAUCCAGCCCGGAACAAGCGCUUUGGGUUCAAGUUCCAUGUCAACUUUCGGGAGCCGCAGCGCUCUCCAGAAUGAGUCUUUCCAGGCACUGCAAGGAAGAAUCAACGCCGGUGCAAUGGAAACCACAGCUCACGACAGCGACAGAAGCGUCCAUGACAUUCCUGAAGCUGGUGGCUCUUUCUUGUCCCAGUUGGGUGAUUUCAAUACAACUUUCACGAGCGAAAUUGACCUCGGUUCGGCAGCUCUGGCAUUGGGCAUCACGCCUCAUGCACCCAUGGUCAUGAUCCCCUCACCCGACGCGUUGGCUUCCCCGUUAGAUGCUGGUCGUAACGCCCAGUGGGAAGGAGGUGAGAGCCCGGGAAUCAGAGAAACCCCAAUGGACCCGGGACUUCCACCAACUUGGCCAAAGAUGAAAGCAAACUAUGCCUUCUUCAACGACGCAAACUUCAACAGGUGGUUAGCUGUUGAACUACGGCGCUGGGUCGCGGCGACCAUGUCACCGAACAACCCCACCUGCCACAUCCCAACGGACCAGGAGCUCCAACACCAAGCCCGUUUCAUUGUCUUUGAGGAGUAA